CUCUAACUCUGUCUGGCUUGCUUAUAUUGACCUCUUUCUUCAGCGCUAACAUCAACUCAGUUGUCCGCCGCCAAUUCGAUGCAGGCUUAGGUGUCCACCACCAGCGGUUUUGCUGUUCAACCCCGAGCGGCCUACCCAUCACCAUCCCAUAGCGACGGGGCCAGCAGUGUUCCCGAUAUCAACAAAGCUCAAAAUGUCACCUUUCGUCAUCCCGGAUACCCUGACGGAGCUAAUAUCCUGCUCAUACUACCCGUGCACGAUGGCCCUGGCGGAGGUAUUCACCACGACUUUGCGUGGACCGCUUGUGCUGUUGUUGCGAACUGCGCAUGGAGGAGUUUCCUGUCCGAGAGGCGAGAUGGGCAAAGCGUUGAUGUGGGAAAAGACAGCCUCUUGAAGGAGAGUGAUUACUACUUUCGAUUAACAGAUGAUGAGGAAGUAUCCUAUUGUCGUAUCCUUCGCCCAUUUCAAGUUCCCGCACCGCAACCUUCCGCCAUGCUGGACCUCCGAAGGUCUUCGAAUUCCUAUAUCGAACUACCAAUCACGUCCGACCAGCCUCUCAGAUAUACUUCUAGUGCGCGAUAGAUCCUGUCGAGUUACCGACCACUACGAAGGUACUGAAGACGUGCAUCUCAUCCCGCUCGUCGAGGAACGUUGGUUCAGAUCAAACGAAAUGUUGAAAUGCACUUCUCGCCCGCUUCCAUCGGUCACUUCGGCUGACGACCCUCGCAACUCUCUACUACUGCGCUCCGAUCUACACUCUACCUUCGACGCGAAACGCUAGGUCGUGGUCCCGAAGGCAGAAACCUGGGUAGUCCACGUGCUAGAUCCUAGCCCAUCAAGGCAGUUUUUAAGCUUAUACCACAACGUGACGUUGCAGCUGCUCGAGGACGUGUCGGUUGAGUAUUUGUUCGCACGAUUUGCUUCGACGAUCUUGACCCAACUCGCAUUUACUGGUUUUGCUGGGCGACGGAAUCUAGUUAUUGUAGACAUGGAAGACCAGUCGAGUAAUAUCGAGGAGCUCACGGGCGAACAGUGGGCAGGGCUCUUCCCUCUUCGAACGAGGAGCAGGAGCCAGAGUCCUACAAAGAGA